CACCUAAUCUCAGCUGGUCCGCCCGAGACCCCCUGAGCGCCAACCCUAGUCCCCCGCGCGGUCCCAUUUCCGCUCCAACAAGAUGAAAGAAACUAUCAUGAACCAGGAGAAACUCGCCAAACUGCAAGCACAAGUGCACAUUGGUGGGAAAGGAACUGCUCGCCGAAAGAAGAAGGUGGUUCAUAGAACAGCUACAGCAGAUGAUAAAAAACUUCAGUUCUCCUUAAAGAAGUUAGGGGUAAACAAUAUCUCUGGUAUUGAAGAAGUGAAUAUGUUCACAAACCAAGGAACAGUGAUCCACUUUAACAACCCCAAAGUUCAGGCAUCGCUGGCAGCGAACACUUUCACCAUUACAGGCCAUGCUGAGACAAAGCAGCUGACAGAAAUGCUACCCAGUAUCUUAAACCAACUUGGUGCAGACAGUCUGACUAGUUUAAGAAGACUGGCUGAAGCUCUGCCCAAACAAUCUGUGGGUGGAAAAGCACCACUUGCUACCGGAGAGGAGGAUGAUGAUGAAGUUCCAGUUCUUGUGGAGAAUUUUGAUGAAGCUUCCAAGAAUGAAGCAAACUGAAUUGAGUCAACUUCUGGAGAAGAUAAAACUUGAGGAAGUUACUGGGAGCUGCUAUUUUAUAUUAUGACUGCUUUUUAAAAUUUUGUUCAUGGAUCUGAUAAAAUCUAGAUCUCUAAUAUUUUUAAGCCCAAGCCCCUUGGACACUGCAGCUCUUUUCAGUUUUUGCUUAUACACAAUUCAUUCUUUGCAGCUAGUUAAGCUGAAGAAGCCUGGGAAUAAAGUUUGAAACAAGAUUAAUAAAGUUCUUUGCCUAGG